AACUCUUGGGAUAGAGCGAUAUAAUUAUCCCGAUCUUGUUAUGUGGAAAGGCUCAAGAAAGUAUUUCCGUGCAGGCGGCUGGGAUGGCAUUGGAGCCAGUGGUGUACGCAUGGCAGAGCCACAUCUCUUUUUUACGGCCAAUGUCACCAUAAAUGAACAGGAGAUAUCCAUCAUCUAUUACCUCAAAACCAAUUCAGUGAUCGCAACAAUUGUUUUGAACCAAACUUCCAGCAGGCUGCAGCACACCAUAUGGAAUGAAGAAGCUAGAACUUGGGUAGUGUACAUUCAAUUUCCAACAGAUUACUGUGAUAACUAUGGGAUGUGUGCGGCAUAUGAGACCUGUCUCGACACAUUGAUACCGCCUUGUCAAUGUUUGAAAGGUUUCAAGCGGAAAUCACAAGAAUGGAACUCAGUGAACUUGUCUAAUCAGGGAUGUGUGCGCAAUAACGCAUUAGACUGUCAGAAAGGAGAUGGAUUUGUCAAAUUUGAGGGGUUGAAACUGCCAGAUACUGAACAUUCUUGGGUGAAUAGAAGUAUGGAUCUCAAUGAGUGCAGGGCUAAAUGCUUAGGAGAUUGUUCUUGUAUGGCCUACACAACCUUGGAUGUUAAAGAAAACAGAGGCUGUGCAAUUUGGUUUGGUGAGCUACUUGAUCUUAAGAAGGUCCAAUUUGCUGGAGAACAUUUAUACAUUCGAAUGUCGGCCGCUGAUUCAGGAGGAGAAAAUAGCAGGAGUGACGAAAGGCAAAAUGAAGAUAUGGAACUCCCAGUAUUUGAGUUAGAUGCAAUAUCGAAGGCCACCAAUAACUUCUCCUUGAGCAACAAGCUAGGACAAGGUGGCUUUGGGCCUGUAUACAAGGGUACUCUGCCAGAUGGAAAACAAAUUGCUGUGAAGAGACUUUCAAGCUGCUCUGGACAAGGAUUAGUUGAGUUCAAGAACGAAGUAGCACUUAUAGUCCAACUUCAACAUCGAAAUCUAGUAAAACUUCUAGGAUGCUGCAUUGAGGAGAAAAUGCUGAUUUAUGAAUAUAUGCCCAAUAAAAGUUUGGACUUCUUCAUUUUUGGGCUUGUCUAUUUACAUCAAGAUUCAAGAUUGAGAAUCAUCCAUAGAGAUCUCAAACCAGGCAACAUUUUACUUGAUGGUGAAAUGAAUCCCAAAAUUUCAGAUUUCGGCAUGGCUAGAACAUUUGGAGAACAGUCCGAGGGGAGCACAGAGAGAGUGAUUGGAACCUAUGGUUAUAUGGCACCAGAAUAUGCUUUCGAUGGGCAAUUCUCAAUAAAAUCUGAUGUUUUCAGCUUUGGUAUACUGUUGCUAGAGAUAAUAAGUGGGAGGAAGAACAGGGGGCUUUACCAUCUUAGCCAUAGCAACCUUAUUGGACAUGCUUGGAGAUUGUGGAAAGAAGGAAACGCUUCUGAACUAAUUGACUUGUUUGUACUGGAGUCUUGCACCCUACCUGAAGUGUCAAGGUGUAUUCACAUUAGUCUCUUAUGUGUUCAGCAUCACCCCGAGGACAGGCCGAGUAUGUCAUCUAUUGUUUUGAUGCUGGGUAGUGAGAAUACACUAGUACACCCCAAAGAACCUGGUUUCCUUGUUCACAGCAAAUCACAGGAAACAAUUUCAUCUAGCAAGCCUGAAUCAUCUUCAACCAAUGAACUUAGCCUUGGUUAUAUGGCACCAGAAUAUGCUUUUGAUGGGCAAUUCUCAGUAAAAUCUGAUGUUUUCAGCUUUGGUAUAUUGUUGCUAGAGAUACUAAGUGGGAGGAAGAACAGGGGGCUUUACCAUCUCAGCCAUAGCAACCUUAUUGGACAUGCUUGGAGAUUGUGGAAAGAAGGAAACACUUCUGAACUAAUUGAUUCGUUUGUAUUGGAGUCUUGCACCCUACUUGAAGUGUCAAGGUGUAUUCACAUUAGUCUCUUAUGUGUUCAGCAUCACCCUGAGGACAGGCCGAGUAUGUCAUCUAUUGUUUUGAUGCUGGGUAGUGAGAAUACACUAGUACAACCCAAAGAACCCGGUUUCCUUGUUCACAGCAAAUCACAGGAAACAAUUUCAUCUAGCAAGCUUGAAUCAUCUUCAACCAAUGAACUUAGCCUGUCAAUGUUGGAGCCUCGAUAAUGGGUAAUCACUUAGAAAUUAUACAGCCCCAGUGAUGAAAAUAUUACUUAAUGAUGUUCGCCAAUGCAUGCUAUAUAUGAAUAUAACUUAAUUAAUUGU